AUGAAAGAGCGUAUCAAGGCUUACUUCAGCCAAAUCGACAGGAAGUGGCUUCUGAUCUUCGACAACGCGGAUGAUUCGGACAUGUGGAUGAAAGACAGCGGUGCAGCCUCAGCAUUAAGAGACUUCCUUCCUUAUAACACCCAAGGUCAUAUUAUCUUCACCACUCGCAAUCGAAAGUUAGCCGUGAAACUGGCAUCAUCUGACGUGGUACAUGUUCGCGAGCUCGAUGAAAAGGCUGGCUUGGAAUUUCUGGAAAGGUCCCUGAUUGAAGGAAGCCUGCUUAAUGAUCAUCAUGCAAUGAUCACUCUUCUUGAACAGCUUACCUUCCUUCCAUUAGCUGUUACCCAAGCUGCAGCAUACAUGAAUGAAAACAGCAUAGGAGUGUCUGAUUACUUGCUGCUUCUUCAAGAACAGGAGGCAGAUGUUGUGGAGCUACUAAGUGAGGAUUUUGAUGAUGAUGGACGCUACAAGGAUACCCAGAACCCAGUAGCCAUGACAUGGCUAAUCUCCUUUCAUCAGGUUCAGAAGCUUGAUAGACUUGCUGCUGACUAUCUAUCACUUAUGGCUUGUGUCGAUCCGCGCAAUAUCCCAGAAUCCUUCCUUCCACGGCCAGCAUCAAAAAAGAAAAUGAUUGAUGCCCUUGGGCUUUUAAGUGCCUACUCUUUCAUUACUAUUCAACCUGGAAAUGAGUCCAUAACUCUACAUCGCCUGGUGCAUCUGGCAACUCGGAACUGGAUGAAAAAGGCGGAUCAAUUUACACUCUAUAUAAGAAAAACAGCAGACCGAUUGAGCGAGACCUUCCCCCGUAACGAUGAUACCAACCGACAGCUUUGGAGGGAAUACCUGCCCCACGCCCUAUUCUUGUUGAAUGAGAGCGUAUUCCGUCAACAACAAGGGCACUAUACUGACUACAUACAGAAUGUGGGCACCUGCUUGUACAGUGACGGGAGGUAUAAUGAAGCCGAAAAGCUGUUGGUGCAGGUGAUGGAGACCCGGAAACAGGUGCUAGGGCCAGAGCAUCCUGACACUCUGACCAGCAUGGCCAGCCUCACAGCAACAUACUGGAACCAAGGACAAUGGAAGGAAGCAAAAGAGCUAGGGAUACAAAUGAUGGAGACCCAGAAACAGGUACUAGGGCCAGAGCAUCCUGACAGUCUGGCCAGCAUUUCCAACCUCGCAGCAACAUACCGGAAUCAAGCAAGGUGGAAGGAAGCAGAAGCACUAGAGGUACAUGUGAUGGAGACCCAGAAACAGGUACUAGGGCCAGAGCAUCCCUCCACUCUGAUCAGCAUUUCCAACCUCGCAGCAACGUACCGGAAUCAAGGACGAUGGAAAAAAGCAGAAGAGCUAGAGAUACAGGUGAUGGUGACCUCAGAACGGGUACUAGGGCCAAACCAUCCCUCCACUUUGACCAGCAUUUCCAACCUCGCAGCAACAUACCGGAAUCAAGGACGAUGGAAAGAAGCAGAAAAGCUAGAGAUACAGGUGAUGGUGACCUCAGAACGGGUACUAGGGCCAAACCAUCCCUCCACUUUGACCAGCAUUUCCAACCUCGCAGCAACAUACCGGAAUCAAGGACGAUGGAAGGAAGCAGAAGAGCUAGAGAUACAGGUGAUGGAGACCCAGAAACAAGUACUCGGGCCAAAACAUCCCUCCACUUUGACCAGCAUUUCCAACCUCGCAGCAACGUACCGGAAUCAAGGACGAUGGAAAAAAGCAGAAGAGCUAGAGAUACAGGUGAUGGAGACCCAGAAACAAGUACUCGGGCCAAAACAUCCCUCCACUUUGACCAGCAUGGCCAACCUCGCAGCAACAUACCGGAAUCAAGGACGAUGGAAAGAAGCAGACGAGCUAGAGAUACAGGUGAUGGAGACCCGGAAACAGGUGCUAGGGCCAGAGCAUCCUAACACUCUGCCCAGCGUGCACGACCUUGCCUAUAUUUUGAAACAACUGGGAAUAAUCCCAGAUGCCUUAACUCUUAUCAAGAAGUCUGUCGAGCCUGAAGAAUCAACCCAAAGAGACUCAAAGCUUGUCACAGGCGGCAAAUGGCGAGCAUUUACUAGGAUUUUCAGAAGACAAUGA